AUGGCGCCCUCCAACGAUGCCGUGUUCCUCCGGCGCAACAACCAGAUCCAAGAUGCCAUUGACGGGCAGAAUUUGAAACAGGCCCUGCAAUUGAUCGAGAAGCGCAUAAAGAAAGGUGAAGACACUCGUUUUCUGAAGGCAUGGAAGGCACACGUCCUUUUCCGCCAUGCGGACGAAGCUCACCACCAGCGCGGUAUUGCGGAAACCCUUGAGAUCUGCAAGGCUGAGCCACCGACUACCGAUCUUGAAACCCUUGACAUCUUGUUCCAGACCCUGCAGAAGAUGGACGGACAUGCCGACACUCGGAAUAUGCUGUGGGAGAAGGCUGCGAAGGCAAAGCCCAGGGACCAGGCGCUGCAGAUGAAAUGGUUCUUAUCCGCGUUCGAAGAUGAUGACUGGAAAUCAGCGCAGAAGGUAAACUCUUGGCGGAGUCUCUGGCUCGGCAACCGGACUGUAAAUGCUAACUACGCGCUAUUUCUACGGCAGGCUACUAUAAGUCUUCAAAAGAACUUCCCCCGGGAACGGACAUACUAUUUCUGGGCCAUUUUUUGCACUCAUAUGCUUGCAAAUGAUGCAAAGAGCUCAGAAAUGGACCGCAAGCUGUUUGGCACACUGGCGUACCGUAUGAUUGCCAAAGCGGCUGCCGAUGUGCCCACUGACCCGGACCAACUAUUGAGUCAGCCUCGAGCCAUUCAAAAGUCAGAGGAAGUGAUGUUGCUUGUCAAGAUUUUCGAGUCUCAACAGCGGUUCGACGAAGUUGUGAAGAUUUUGGGAAGCGAGAAUGUGGGAAUCAGCUCGCGCAUCUUACAGAAUGAUAAGACUUUCCUCGGUAGCAAAGCCAAGAACCUGGGAGCCGCGAAGCUAUGGGAUGAUGCGAUCUCCUUUGUGAAAGAGCUCUACACCAUCCCCGAUGACGAAGAGAAGCAGAAGACCCUACCAGAGCUUGACGAUUGGACAAUCUGGAGUCUAUUGGUCGAGGCCGUGAAGAAUACAAAUACUCCUGGAGUUGCUGCUGAAACCCAGAAAUUUGUUGAGAGCUUCAUGGAAUUCCUACCCAAGUCUCGGAAUGCAGCUCUGGCCCGUCUUGAUAUUAUCACAUCUGCUAUUGAGAAAGGUGAAAUGACUGUGGAAGACAACUUGCUUCCCGCCUGCAAGGAGUACAUUGACAAGCACAAGGGCAAGCUGUAUGCAUUCAGCGACCUUCGACGGAUUCUGGCCGGCAACAAAGAUGCCAUGGCAAAGAUGCUCAAAUACAUGUCCGAGGGCAAGCAUGAGGGCAAAGACGCUGUCAAUGCUACCAUCAAUACGCUCAAGCUGGAAUAUUGUUUGAACAUUUCAGGUGCUGAAGGCAAACCUUCCCAGAAACUGGUUGAAGAGUUUGUCGCCCGCUGCCUGAAUGAAUACAAAGCUUCUGCCAGUGGUGAGGUAGAGAAAGCCGAUGCUAAUGGGUCGUCUUCCACGAUUGAAAGCAAAUCCACCGAUGACUUGUGCAUUCUUGCGGCCAUGGCUAUCCUAAAAGAAACUAACGAGCAAUCGCUUGUUUCGCAUGCUUCCAUUCUCCGUGCUAUCGCAAUCCUUGAAGGCCUUCUCCGCGACUCACCCCACACCUACCAGGCUCUCCUGCUUGUGGUGCGCCUUUACCUUCUCUUUGGAGCGGGCUCACUUGCUUUUAGCAGCUUCAACAAGUUGUCCGUGAAGCAGAUGCAGUAUGAAAGUGUUGCUCACAAUUUCUUCACCCGGCUUUCUACUGUCCACCCCCACUCAGCACCGCCCAUUGAAGGCGUCGAGCGCAAGGAAUUUGACCCCCAAGCAGCAUUUGUUCAGGGUCUUAACUUCUUCCGCAAUGCCGACAAUACUACCAUGAGAUUCCGAACCCGCGGUCUGGAAGAAGGAAGCUACACAAAUAUAGAAGAGAUCGUUGAGCUCCGACAGCGGCUGUCAAACAGUAUUUGUCGCCGGAUGAUGGCCUUGGAUGUGCGGCGGGCACAGAGGCUGGUGGGCGGAGAUCCGAUGACUCGGUUUGAAGAGCUCGCACUCAACGACGCCCCGAUUCAUGAUCAGCGUGAAUAUACGGCAUUUAUGGACUGCGAGUUCCCUGGCAAGUCUAGCUUCGAGGAAAACGUGCGCGCGGGACCUAUUCCAAAGGCCAACUGGCUCGCCUCAGCUAGAAUUACGGAUCAACUCUUCAGUGUGCUGAAGGGUAUUUCCAUCCAGAAGCCGUUGACCCCGGAGACCAAUAUUCCCGACCUCAGUGCUUUAUCCAUCUCGGAAGCCACGGACCAGACCGAGGCCGAGAAGGAGAACUCGAAGAUUCAUUCCGAGCUACUCAAGGUGGCGACUUACAUGGCCGGAUCCAAGCUGACCACCGCUGAGCAAGCUGAUAAAGCUCUUGGAGAAGUGGAAGACUGGCUGAACUCGAAGAAGAUCAAUUUGACUCUGAAUGAGUCCCAAGUUUCUCCCCUUAUCCUUUCCACAUCAGUUUAUCUUCAGGCUGAUAACCCAACCGCCCCGACUUGGGAAUACCUUCACAACAUUUUCACCCUUCUCGAGACUCUCAAGGCCCUGUCUCAACUGGUUACCCUGGCUUCUCGCAAGGCCUCCAAGUCUGCCAAGCUGCCAAAGGAACGUGUUGAGAGGCUGUCUGACUUGGUGCCGCAAGUUUUUGAGCUUGUUCGAUCUAAUACUCGGGGCCUGAAGCAGCGCAUCUCUCAAUCUGGUGCCUUGAGUACAAUGGUUGACGUUGUAGUUCAGGGACCUUCGUUCGCACCGCACAGCAAGGAUCUUCAGGUGGCACUAGAGGCCACCUUAGACAUGUCUGAUCUUGAACUUUUCUGUGGUUCUUUGAUGGAGAGUUGGGAGGAGGCCCUGGACGGUGUGAUGAGUGUGAGACUCUGA